GGGCACAAUGGCCAGAAGGUUUCCCUGGCAGAUCUGCGGUGGUUUUUUGCAAAGUCAAAGGUCCCUAUUAGCCUGGCGGUUACUGAAUACUCUUCUAUUCUGAAUGAUUUAAAGGAGGCACGUUUUCUGUCUGAAGAGGAGUCACUGGAGCUGCAGGCCGAUCCGAAGUCUGUCCAUCGAAGUAUAUAUGAUUGUCUAUGCUACAUAGAAGAAAAACACUUCCUGAUACAACAUUUCUUUUGGCACUUAUUCCAGAAACCUCAGUUGAAGAAAUAUCCUGACCUAAAACCCAUUUAUAAAGAAUACAAAGAAGGAAAAUACCGGAAAAGUGCCCAGGUCACUGCCGACAUAGAUAAAGACCGGAUCAUUUUUUCUCAGGAUAAAGUAAAGAUUUGUUUGGCAAUAACAGAUCUAUUCCCAUUUGUACAUGGAUUGCAAGAUCUGACUAUUCUCUCUGAAAUAGAAUCACUGAAACUGCAAGCUGACCGGAGGCCAGUGUCCAGAGUCAUAUAUGAGUGUCUAUCUCUCAUUGAGAAGAAGGAUAUGAAGUUAAGCAUUGUCUUUGAAUAUAUAUUCCAGGAAUAUUACCUGAAGUUAUACCCAGAUCUCCAGGAAAUAUUAAAAGAACCAUGUGAAGAACAAGUGGAGCUGUUCACUGAGUGGAAAAAUUGCUCUGAUUAUAUGCGGAACCUUUUUCAGGUUACAAAAACUGGCAUCAGCCAAGCUAUCAAUGAACGGUUUCCAUUCCUAUAUGGCCUUCAUGAUAUAGGACUGCUCUCGAGGAUGGAAUUACUGAAGCUGCAGGCUGACAAGAGACCUACAAAGGAUGUGUUGUACAAAGCUCUGUGUCUCGUUGAGCAGAAGAAUGACAUAGAAGCACUGUGUGCCUAUGUGUUUUCUGAGUUCUACCUAAAGCUAUUUCCUAAUCUAAGGGUCAUCUUGCAGAGGUUAAAUGAAGCAAUAAUGCUGGAUAAGAGUCUCCCCUCAGCAGGUCCUGUAGCUACUUCUGGACAUGAGAAAAAGUCAAAACACAAGAAAGAUAAAUCCGACCUUGAAAAACACACAGCAGCUGAUUACUCAAAGCCAUUGUCACAGAAUAGCCCAGCACCAAAGAGAGCAUUCCAAAAACCACCAUCAGCUGGACCCUUGGAGACCAAAACUAUUAUAAAAAUAUAUAAAUGUGAUUAUGGUCGCUGCAGAAGGGCAUUCAGUAAUCUUUCGAAGUUUAAAAUCCACAAAAGCAAACAUACAGGUAAAGGCAAGGCUUCCAUAUGA